CAUCUUCGAUUUUAGGAACUUAAUUUUAAAGAUUUUUUUUUUCAUAAAUUCUUUCCGACGCAUCUGAGUGCACUUGCAUUGGCAGGUUACGCGAUCUUUGGUUAAACGUUAGCCUUGACAAAUCGGAAAUAAAUUUUUCACUAGUACCUUCAGUCGCUUCUUCUGGUAAUGGCCUACUGCUCACUGCCCUCUACAGACACUUCAGCGUAACAAAGUCCAUGUUGUCCAGAUCGUUCUCCACUAUUUAGCCCAUUGCAUUAACCUCCAGGAGGAACGAAGAGAUCAUUUUACUCUGGAUAUUCAUCUUCAGAUGCUGCGACACUUUAUGGUGGUGUGUGGCUGUUGUCGGACGGCCAGAACCAGGCUGUUGCUUGACUCUCUGACCCUCCUCCAGGUAGGAGAAUUAAUCAUAAAUGUUCCAAUAGACUGUAUCAUGCGAACGCAAUGUGUUCCCCGAUGUAAAACUGCUACUCUUCGGUGUGACGCCUGUCUUUUCCAUACUGGCUGGUAUCAAGUAACGUAGUAUGAUGUCACAGCUGAUCUUCCCAACUGUUAUCAUAUCGACUGUUCUACCAUUUAGCUACGCGGAUAACUGUAGAUAUACAACACAGUUGUUUAAUGACCUUCAAGCCAAAAUUAAUGCUAACAAUCUAAGCCGUUAUAGGUUGUACGGUAUCAAAAUUAGAGAAAACUGGUUUUCGAGCCCAGCUUUUUGAUUCUCGAAUCAUGAUCAUGUUGUUAUCAGAUGCCAGACAAAGCAAAAAGCACAUUACCAUGAAACAGGUUUUCAUAGCCGGUUUUACACCCUUCAUGAACUCUGUGUUCCUCAAUGAUCUAAUGCUGUAAGCUUAUUCUAUACCAAAAAGGUACAUAUUUCACCAUCAAGAGCAAAAGCCCAUCAAUCUUUGUAUUCUUCAAAAAUGAAAGUCACCUGGUGAGUGCAACCAUUUGGGAGUCAUUCAAAAUCCCCAAAACCAUAGGCUAUUAUAACCAGUUGGCGAAGCUAAACUGCAAAUAAACCGACAGGCUUUUGCUAUGCUAUACGAAAUGAUGAAAAGCACAGUUGCCGUUGAGCUCUCGUGGUGUGUAGUUCGUCUUCACAAUUCAAUUCUAGUUCCGGCGAAGCGAAUUCAAGAUCUUAAAGUGAACUUUUCCAUAACACAGCAUGCGAUCUCGGAUAUGGAUCUCAGCCCUGCUGGGACUCGUUCUGGGUGCGAUAAUAGAAACUUUUGCUCAUGAAUCUCAAGUAGAUUGUGGUAAACGAAAACUGAAAACAAGCUACCUUAUUCAAAAUGGGCUAGACGCAAAGCCGGGUUAUUGGCCAUGGCAUGCAGCUAUUUUCUAUAAAGAUGAAAUUAACGAGUUUUACUACAAAUGCGGAGGAUCGAUUAUAGACGAGAACACCAUCUUAACAGGUACGCAUGAAACAAAUUAUAUUACUAUUGCGACUAAAUGGGUGCUGCUUCACGAAAUUUCUAUCGACGUCGGCCGUACCAAUCUUGAGGAAAAUGCAGAGUAUACACAGAUGCAUGACGUGCAAGAAAUAAUAGUUCAUCCUGAAUUUAAAAUAAAUAACAUCACAAAUGAUAUCGCCCUAAUCAAAUUGGCGACUAAAAUCACCAUGACGAAGUUUGUACAACCCGUCUGUUUGUGGAACUUGGACGACAAACGUAACUCGAUCAUGAACAAAAAAGCAACGAUCAUUGGGUAUGGCAUGGCAAAUAAUUUGAAGCAAACGUUAGUUGGUGUUAUUGAUAGAAUGUCUUGUGACAUCGAUAUACCCAAAGUAUUUGGAAACAAACUUGCACCUGACAUGAUCUGUGCCGGAGGUCAGGAAGGUGCUAGUACGUGCAGUGGCGAUAGUGGCGGUGGCAUGUUUUUCGAAAUCGAAGGCAAAUGGUUCGUUCGAGGUAUUGUUUCCUUCGUUUCGGGGAAUAGAGAAAAUGAUCUCUGUAACACUUCGAAACAAAUCUCCUUAACAGACGUUGCAAAUUAUAUCGACUGGAUUAAGAAACAUGUCGAUUCUCGUGUAUUGAUUAAUUCCGAUGCGAUUGAAUUGAAUUAUGAUGAAAAGCUCGAACUGUUUGAUCUUAAUACGUGCGGUUUGGUAUCGAACACGGUUGCUGCUGAUGGGACACAAUGGACCCUGCCCUGGCUUGGAUUUGUUGGCAUCUACAGGCUGUCGGAUAAUACGAUCGAUAAAAGAUGUGCAGUCACAUUGCUAAACGAAUGGUAUGCUGUAGGGCCGGCACAUUGUUUCCAAAACGACGGUUUAGAGUAAGUAUAUCUACUUUA